AUGGAGGAGGGCCUCGUGGACCCGAUGCCGGAUCGCCCGGCGAAGAUGCGAAGGGUGGAGGAGCCCAGCGAGCCAUCGGCGCCAUCCACGGAGAAGGGGAUCAGCCGAGUGGAUUCUGAGAAGAUCCUCCGCAUGAGCCAGAAGGGAAUGUCGGUGGACGCCAUUGCAGAUGUGUGGAACGUGGAAGCUGUGGAAAUCGUAAAGACGCUCGAGCUGAUGCGAUCUGGAAAGGACAGCCAAAGCGACGCGCAAGCGGGUAGCGAGCAUGGCUGGACCUCCUUGGUGAAGCGACUCAUGGAGGACCCACCUGACCUUUGCUGUCCCAUAUCCCAGGAGUUGAUGGAAGAUCCGGUGGUCGCGGCAGAUGGAAUCACUUACGAAAGGCGUUGCAUAGCGGAGUGGUUUUAUUUCAACUCUGGCAGCCCAACCACUCGUGAACCUUUGUUGACUCGUGUGCUUAACCCCAGUCAGCACGUGAAGUCCGCUGUCAUCGCGCACAAAGAGAAGACGGUCCAGGAGAUUUUGUCCGUGGCCUCUCAAGUACCGAUUGACGACGCGCUGAAGUUGCUUUCGAGAGGUGAGCAGUUUGUCCGUGCGGCCUUACCCGAUGCAUCUGCCAAAAGGAAGCUGUCUUCCUUGCUGCUCCUUCGGGUAAAGCGGAUGCAGCCAGGAGAGCGUCGCGCAAUCGUUGAAGAGCUCGUGCCGAUGCUGGUAGAAGUCGCAGACAAUUCGAAGCUUGAGGAGUUACUAGACCUGGACGAGCAGGAAGUUCUAUGGUUACUUUCUCAAGUAAAUUUGGAUUUGAUGAGAUCUUUGAGAAUACCUGAACCCCGCAAAAUCUUGGUCAGCAAGGAGCUUGCCCGCAGAAUCCCAAGCUCCACAGUUGCCGAUGAGCAAGGAGACUGCUUGAAUUACCUUUGGGAUUUCCUCCGUGAACAUGAGGGAGAAUCUUGGGCAAAAGCAACAUCUUUGGUACUGGCAACAUUCCAUAGCAGAUUAACAGCUCAGCUUGAAGUGCUUGACACAAAACUGCUGCGGCAGGCCUGCGAUUACCUGAAAAGCCGUGACAGUGCUACGUCUUUCGCAGUGGACUUUUUUAGCUCCGAUCUUGGCAUUUCCACACUGGAACAUUGGCCGCCCAAGAGUUCUUCUUCGAUCUUUGCUGAACUUGCCUCACGCCUGGAUGAGAAACAUGAAGAGAAGGUGGACUUCUUAGCGAAAGCAUAUGAGCUGGACGACUCUGAUGAAGAUGUGCGGCGCGCUCUGGUGAAACAGCUCAAUCAGCAUAUGCUACGCCAAAGCAUUGACGACAACAAACAUUUGGAAGGCUUGCUUCUCAAAGUGUAUUUGGGGUGGAAAGAGGACAUUCCGGUUGAUGUGACACAAAGACUGUCGCUUCGGCCAGAGAGCCUCAAGAAUGUGACUGCUGAUCAGCUCAUGCUCCUCGCUGAAAUGCUCAAAAGGGCCAAACGUCGCGCAGAUGGAGCGAGGAUAGCUGUUUCUGCCGCGGAAGCCUUUUCUGCUGAAGGGAAGCAGGAGGAAUCCUAUGAAGCCGUUGCGUACGCGCAUUACCUGGACCGUGCCAAUGACCGUGCAUCCUUCAAGUUGUGUGAACUUCUAGGGAGCAUCGUCAGCAAGUGCAAGGAUCUUGGGAACAAGUAUAAUGAGCUUGAUCACAAAUGCCACAAAAUUCAGGAGUUGAAGGCAGAGGAGGAACCCAUCAAGUGCAUCAGCUCCUUUUCCUGGGACUUGUCGGGCUAUGACUUCAGCAGCUUUACUGAAGAUCAGAGGGAGUUUAGCGAGAAGUUUCCGCUUGGUGUGUCCGGCAUUGAAGCUUGGCUUGGAUUGCGCCCCAAGGCUGCUCCAGACAAGGCAUCUCUGUCACUGUGGGUCAACGAGCCCGUCUGGGUGAAAUGCCGUGUGCAAGCUGGGGAUUGGAAGCACUCCUUGGAGUACAACUUUUCCACAAGAGAUGAAGGCGGACUGCAGGGCGUUGGUUGGGGGCACCAGAUUCCCACUUCUCAACUUGCCUCAGGCAUCACCUUCCAUCUGCUCAGCGUCCGCCGUGGCGGAUCCUCCUUGCGAUGGAUUCCUCCGGGCUCGACGGUUUCCAGGCCUCGAUUAAUUGGACUGACCGCUUUGAGGCCACAGGAGGCACCGCCCGAUCGUGAGGUUUGGUUGACGUGUGGUUUGCCGGAGCUGGCGCAGAGCAGCGGGAAGUUCUAUUACGAAGUUCAACUGUUGAGUGAGUUUGAUUCUCCUCAGAUCGGGUGGCUCAACGCAACCUUCCAGGCUGGAGAAUAUAGCGGGGAGGGAGUCGGAGAUGAUCCACAUAGCUGGGCCUUUGAUGGCGAAAGGUGCCUUUGGUGGAACAACGGCAAGAAGCCCUUGCAGCUCGACAGUCCGUGGAAGGCUCAGGAUGUGCUAGGCUUUGCCAUCGACCUGGAUGAAGGGAAGAUGCAGCUCUGCACAAAAGAAGGGGGAAAAGUGACCAUGCCUUCCCAGGCACACGGGGCACUGUACCCGGCUGUCUCCAUCACCGGGUUUUUCCGAAUGCAUUUGGCCAAAUCGACUUGGAGGCUGCAGCCACCCAAAGGCUACCAGGAGUGGGGCCAUGGAGACAUUUCAUGGACCAACUGA